AUGACUCUGGCCUCAAAGACUCCCAACUUUCAGUCCAGAUUUAUAACUCCUGAGCUUUCCCAGUUGUUCAGCAAGUCUGACAGCGAGGAGGAGUUUGAAGGCUUCAGUGAAGACUCCGGCAACAAUGACAUAAAGACGGUGGAGUCUGGAGAGGACAGUGACACCUACUUUUAUUCUGAUGGAGAGGAACCAUCAUCUCCAAAGAGGAAAAGUUUGCUGGUUGCUUUGAGGUUUCCAUUUAAAAUCUCAUCAACCCCAAAACAACAAGCAAUUAAAAACAAAAGUCUGAACAAUAUUGAAAAUCGCCAUCCAAGCAACAAGCCAAAGCUGCAAGAGCAGAAGGUGGAGGAUGAAGAUGCAGAGGAGGAGGAGGAGGAGGAGGAGGUCUUGUCUCAAAGUCUGAAGAAGCGAAACAAAAACAUUCAGGAAAACAAAGCCAUGCUGGCGAAGCUGUUUGCCGAUUUGAGCACUUUGGCGGUUUUGACACCGCCCUCAACUCCCCAAAAGAGGAAAAGUACAACAGAAAAAGACAAACCAAAGAAACGUAAGUUUGAGCCAGAUACAGGGUCUGAAAGGAGGAACCCAUCACGCAAGGCUCGACCUCGAGAGAAUUUUGCUGUUGAAGAGAAGGCUGAACCAGGCACAGUCAGAGUGGUCAGAAAGGUGGACCUCAGGGCGCUGCUGGAGGUUGACUAUGAGCGUGUGACUGACGGAGAAAAGAGAAAGAAGGGCUCUAAAAGGUGCCAGUACUACGUGAAGUCAGUGGAUGAGAUUACGGAGGAAGAGAUUGACAACAUAGCCUACCGGGCUAAGGACAAGAUCUGGGACAAAGAAAACGGCAGCUCCUGUCACCAGUGCCGGCAGAAGACUCUGGACACUAAGUCUGUGUGCCGCAGUGGAGUCUGCACUGGUGUCAAAGGUCAGUUCUGUGGGCCCUGCCUAAAGAAUCGUUAUGGAGAAGAUGUCCGCUCUGCGCUGCUUGAUCCGACGUGGUCCUGCCCAAUCUGCCGAGGCAUGUGCAACUGCAGCCUGUGUCGCAAAAAGGAGGGCCGCUGUGCCACAGGGAUCCUGGUGCAACAGGCCCGUUACAACGGUCAUGACAAUGUGCACGAGUAUCUGGAGAGCAUUAAGAAGGAGCUGCAGUAG